CUCCUCCAGCAUUCUCCCACCUUCACCUCUUUCCUCUCACAAGUGAUCCUUCGAGUCUCCGCAAGCUCAGGACGUGUGUCGUCCAUCAAAAAUGGGAGACAGCGGCAGGAAUCCAACGAGUCGCGGCAACGGGGCCACUCGUAGAAGGGGCCAUGGUCGUGGGCGUGGUCGGAAGCCUGAAGCAGAAGCUCCUGGGCAUGAAAAUCCUGCUCUUGUUGGUGGUGACGCUCAAAAGUCUAACGGUGAAAUUUCUAGACCGAAAAAUAAUGAAAGAAAAAAAGAAGGUGGGAGGCCUAUGGCGACAGUUCGUGGAACCCAGCGACGAGGCCGUGGUACUGAUAUGAGGGGCAAGAGUUUGAUACCGGGCAAGCCCCCCAAAAAAAGAGAUUUCAUCUCAGGGAAAGCGACAACACUCUCCACCGGGCAAAUAGAAGAAUUUCUGGAAAAUGCAAUUCAUGGCGUCGCAACCUCCACAGAGUCAAAGCAUUCCGUGAUCAACAACCUGGCUACCGAACAUGGCCUUCUCUUAAUCCGUCAAAUUGUUGAAACAGACUUCUCUCCAUCCUACAGCGUUCUGAAACCGAUGUUUGACCCUCACUGCAUUAUGUUCUUUUGUUUAGUCUCCAAUGACAACAUCAUGUCUUCCCUUGUCCUGGAAAAAGCAGUUGGAACCGUAUACAACGUCAUUCAUGGGCAUGAUGGGAGAAGGGGUGUUGCAUUUUUCACGAACGUGACGAGUCAUUUACUACGGAUGAAAGAUCAAGUUGAGAACAGCAACAAUACUGGACAAGAGGAGGUCUUGAAAUUUGAAGAGGCGCUCCGUCUUACAACCAAAACCCUUCUCGGAAAUUUGACACUGAAUCAGGCGGCCGGAAUCAUGCCUGAGUUUCGCGAAAUUGUCAAGAAACUCUGCAGUUUUUACUCUCCGGAAGACAUUGAUCGUGGUAGUGCCAGUCGCAGCAUCCGCUUGAUACACGAGAAUCUUCUAAAAAUCAAAGACAUUCUUUCGAUGGGAGACAGCAUAUUAGUCUCCAAAGGAACUAAUGUGCCUCAGCAAAAAACUAUUCCCGAGCCUGUUGUCGACCUUCCCGGAGAACUAUCUGAAUUUGGACCACGUCACGACAAUGAUCAUGCGUUGAUCUCGGAUAUCAGGAUCUUACCCACAAUCAAUGAGAUCAUAUCUACCGAACGGGAUGACUUCCUGCCAGUCCGAAAUACUCUCAAUUCCCCUUCACAACAUCACCAGACUGGCAUUCUUCGGCUUCUCGACUCUCAGUUUCGUUUGCUAAGAGAAGACACGUCUGGGGUAAUUCGUGACGCUGUCCGUCUGAUUCUGGAAAACUGGGCCACCCUUGUGCACAAUCCGGACUGGCGGGUCAAGCGCAGAAUCCUACGCGAUGCAAGUCCAACUCCUGCUCGAAUCUACCUCGGUGCUAUGAUCCAGCAAGUCAAGUCCAAUUUGAACAAAAGUGUCGACAUCGAGAUAGAAUUCGAGCAGCUCAGCAGACUAAAGAAUCAGCCAGCAGCCAAAAGAAAGCAAUGGUGGCGUGAAUUCCGGGCAUUAAAAGAAGGGGGGCCAUUAUUAGCUCUUAUCGACGGCGAAGAUGAGGAAAAUCCGAACGUCAUUUUCCUGCUCGUUUCAAAAAGGGAAAUCAAUCCAUCAUACCAAGAAGAGCGUGACGCAUCUUUGACCGGUCGUCGUGUGCGCGAUCUUGUCAGUGAUGGACAUAGAGCCAUGAUCACAGCUCGCCCAACAAGUCUAACAUACGAAGUCGACAUGUCCAAUCUAUUAUCGCUGACAGGCCAGAGAGACCCGAGCAGGCCACUUAUUCUUGUCGAAUUUCCGGCAGUCCUCUACAAGUCCUUUGAAGGAGUUCUGCGAUGUCUGCAAACAUUACACAGGAACCCGACUUCUAUCCCAUUUACCACCUGGCUAGCCCCCUAUGCACAGGCAAAUCUCUCCAAUCAGGUCCCAACAACUAUCUACACCGAUGGUAAUAUCAUCGUCCCCUCACCUGCAUACCUCCAGAAUCGUGCUCUUGACCUUUCAUGUAUUCCGAAAUCGAAAAACGAUACCAAUGACACCUUCCCGCCAUUAGCAAUAUCUGUUUCAGACGACCCGCACAGUCUUUCCACACAUCUCUCCGAAGUAACGACUCUAGACCACGGACAGGCCGUUGCGAUGGUGUCUGCAUUGAAACACGAAGUAGCACUUAUUCAAGGUCCACCAGGAACUGGCAAAUCGUUUGUGGGAAUACAGCUUGCAAGGGUGUUGUUAAGCAACAGGGAUCUAUUGGGGCUGGGUCCAAUUUUGUGCGUCUGCUAUACCAACCAUGCUCUUGACCAAUUUCUUCAUGAGCUCCUCGAUUCCGGCGUCAGCAAUAUUGCUCGAAUCGGUUCUCCAAGCACGUCUGCCCGUUUAGAAGAGCUAUCUCUCGAUAACCAUAAGAAAAAAAUGCCCAAGCCACGGAUUAGAGGCCUGGGUAAGAUAAUUGCCGAAUGUCGGGCAAGGAGGGACUCGAUAAGUGCGAUGAUCGAACAAAUAUGCAACCGGGUUCAAGGAAGUCCUAUCGGAGUUGUGGCAUGGUUUCUGAAGAAGAGGUUGCCGGUACAGGCAGACAAAAUAUUAGGUGGCGCAACGGAAGAAAUGGAAUACGAUUUGCUAAUGGACUGGUUCUCUGGCGAUGCUCCUGGUGACUGGAACAGCAAUGGGAACGACCGAUCUAUUGACCAACUUCUUAGUGUCGAUGUCUGGACACUGACGAACCUCGAGCGCACUCGUUUAUUUCAGUACUGGAACGACUCGGCUUUCAAAGAGCUUUCGCAAGAAUUCAAAACUCUCCUGCAAGUACACUCGUCAGUCAUGCAGCAACUGACUGCCUUACACCACGAAUCGGAUGCCGUACUUCUUGAUCAGUUCCAUAUUAUAGGGGUAACGACGGUUGGUCUAGCCAAUAAUUCUGACAUGCUUCGUGGCCUUCGUGCCAAAGUCAUGAUCUGUGAAGAAGCCGGAGAGGUGCUAGAAUCCCAUGUUCUUAUAGCGCUGCUCCCUUCCAUUCAGCAUGCUAUAUUCAUCGGGGAUCACCUCCAAUUGCGUCCACGCAUCUCCAAUUUGAAGCUGUCAAUGGAGUACGGGCGGUCUGGUCCAAAGUACAACCUUGACGAGUCGCUAUUCGAACGGCUCGCCAACUCGAACUUUGGAGACAUGUUGGCGAAUAGUGGCGAAGGAGAUGAACUGCCACGAUGCCGUUUUCCCAUUGCACAGCUAGACCAUCAGCGACGAAUGCAUCCUUUGGUAUCAACACUAGUUCGCGACACUCUCUAUCCUCACCUCCGAGAUCACCCCGAUACAACAACAUACCCUGCAAUUGCUGGUAUGAAACGCAGGUUAUUCUGGCUUGAUCACCGGAAUACAGAGGACCCCAGUGAUCCGGCUGAGCCGAUGCAAAGCAAGACAAACAUCUGGGAAGCGAGCAUGGUGACGGCAACGGUGAGGCACCUGUGUCGACAGGGAAAAUACAAGCCCGGUGAAAUCGCCGUCUUGACACCAUACGUCGGGCAACUCCAGUUACUGAGGGAUAUGCUGGGAGAGAUCGUGGAUCUCAUCAUCGGCGAAGAAGAUUUGGAGGCUUUGGAUGACUCGGAAAGAGAUAAUACGAGCGACAAGAAGGAGCGAUGGCCAAGACAACGAGACCAACAAUUCCCGGUGCAAAAGGGAAAGCUUUUAGACGAGCUAAGAAUUGCAACAGUGGAUAACUUCCAGGGCGAAGAAGCGACUGUUGUUAUCAUCUCCCUUGUACGAAGCAACAAGUAUCAGAACUGCGGGUUCCUUAAGACUCCAAAUCGGAUCAACGUUCUUCUGAGUCGUGCCAGGCAUGGUAUGUAUAUAAUCGGCGACGCCAACACCGCUUCCCCCGUUCCGAUGUGGUCAUCUGUCAUACAAAUCCUCGAAAAGGAAGCCAAUAUUGGCCGAAGGCUGGAGCUCCAAUGCUCGCGCCACCCGAACAAUAAAGUCUAUGUCUCCUCCCCUGAUGACUUUGCCAUCCAUGCUCCUGAGGGAGGCUGUGCGGAGAAGUGCGGGUUGAGAUUGACCUGUGGACAUAGCUGCUCGGUGAAAUGCCAUUCGACGACACUACAUCGAGCGGUAAAAUGCAUGGAUUUGUGUACUAGGAUUCGAAACUGUGGCCAUUUGUGUUCCAGGAAAUGCCAUGAGCCGUGUGGAGACUGUCCGGAGAAGAUUCCCGAUGUUGUCCUUCCAUGCGGGCACAAGGCUGAGGUGGAAUGCCAGCACUUGGUCAACCUCACAAAUAUCAAAUGCGAGCAGCCAGUGACCCGGAUAGUUUCUGGUUGUGGUCACAGCAUCACCAUGCGCUGUCAUGAAAACAUAGAUCGCGUCAAGUGUUCGCAGCCAUGCAAUUCUCUUCUGCCCUGCGGUCACAACUGCCGAAAGCCGUGCUGGAAGUGUACGAAUAUCCAAAAUGGCUCCGUUCGUAUAAAUCACGGCUCGUGCAACACAUCCUGUGGACGAUCAUAUACGACCUGCUCGCACAUCUGCGACCAACCAUGCCAUCCUGACACUGUCUGUUCCCCAUGCAAACGCCCUUGCGAGGUGCGGUGCAAACAUAGCAGAUGUCCCAAGAAAUGCAACGAACCGUGUCCUCCUUGUGCAGAACUAUGCGGAUGGAGUUGUGACCAUCGUGAAGAUCAUUGCCAUAUGCCAUGUGCAGUCCCGUGCGAUAUCAUUCCUUGCAGCCGCCGGUGCGAUAAGAAACUUGAUACUUGCAGACACCGAUGCCCCAGUGUUUGUGGGGAAUCCUGUCCCGAUUCCAAGUUCUGCCAGAUUUGCUGUGAGCCAGAUAUUCUUCAGCGAGAUGUGGACUUGAUUACGUUUGAGAAAUACGGCGAAGUUGAUCUUGACGCGGAUCCAUUGAUGUUCCUCUCUUGUGGACAUUUCUAUACGGUCUCUUCUCUUGAUGGCAUCAUGGAGCUUACUACACACUACAUCACUGAUCCCACCUCUGGAAAUAUUGUUCGGCCAAGGUUAUCAAACCGGGUAAUAACCUCCGGUACAACGAUGAAAGGGUGCCCUGAAUGCCGAAUGCCAGUUAGGGAUGUCGAUCGCUACAAUCGGAUCGUCAAAAAAGCGUUGCUGGAUGAGGCUACGAGAAGAUUUGUCGCACAAGCAAAUUCCAAGUGUGCGCAUUUACUGGAGGAUAUUCAGCGAUGCGAGGUCCAGAUGCAGGAGGAGAGAUCGCGAUUUAUCCUCGAAUGGUCGAAAGCGCUUGGUGAGUCGCGAAACGCGGAACAAAUCAGAGACUCCCUAGAGGCCUAUAAAGCGAAGGGGGCCAACCUCCAAAAGCGUGUCGCCAAAUACGUUAAAGCUGUAUCAAAGACAGAGCAGCCGUUUGGGAGGGUGAACAGUAUAUUUGCUGCGGCAGUCGCACGACAACGAGACAUCGCACCCAACGCCUUCGAGUUUGAUGAGUCGGCCAUCCAGACAGGGUUCGAACUUCGAGGUCAUAGCCUCAGUCUUCGACUUAGCUGGGCCAUUUCAUGGGACCAUGAUGCGAUAUCCGGUAACGACACUGUGGACUCGCGUGUUCGCACAGCCCUGGUUGAUGGAAUUGCAAACAGAAUAAAUGGUCUUCUCACAAAAUGCGUUUCCCUCGUUGAAUGCAGCAAGAAUGCUAGGUUUCCACAACAGGAAUUGGAAGGACGGAUCCAUCACGCUUUAUUCUCCAUGCUGUUACUCACUAAUCUCAAGGCCCGAGGCCAGGCUGUUGAUGCCGCCUUGGAAAUUUCAACGCGUCAAAGAGAGCUUCAGAAUUUAAAGGAGUGUGAAGAGCUGUGUUCUCGACAUUCGGGCACGUCGUUUUUGAAAGACGAUAUUGAGAAAGCCAAACGAUUGGUGAACGGUGGGACAUUUUACGAUUUCGUCACGACUGAAGAAAAAAGAGAAGUCUAUAGGGCCAUGGCGCAGCAGUUCUCGGGCACUGGUCAUUGGUAUUAUUGUCGAAACCAUCAUCCUUUCACCGUGGGAGACUGCGGAAUGCCAAUGGAGCAAGCUCGAUGCCCGCAAUGCGGCGCGCCCGUAGGAGGGCAGAACCAUACGAACGCCGAAGGAGUCACACGAGCAGCAGACAUGGAUGCCCAGUUUGGCCAUUUUUAGUAUCUAUUUUCAUUUUCGGGUAGACGAGAACAUUGAACUCUCGAGUUUGUGCAUGGCUAUCCUGGCGAUAUUGACGAUUUGACGGGCCAUUAAAUAGAAAGCAUCGAGAAGUACAGACAAUGAAAUUCGGGGAAUAAACACAACGGUUGAGCAAGCCGUCUAUGAUAUAGCCCAUG